AUUGAAACGAGUUCUUGUCUAAUAAUUUUUGGAAAAAUGCUGUGUCUUACAGAAUUCUCUGUCUUCCAUUCUUCAUCUUUGGUAAAUCCGCGUCGUGAUUUCUUCAAGGCUUCUAAGAAGAAAGAAAAUGGCAACUGCAUCAACGUGUCGAAAGCCGGGUGCGAAUCAUGCACGAGCAGUGGCUACCAAGAAUAAGGACGAUGAAGAGAUCAACUAUCUCUUUGAGGUCUUGUCAAACAUCAGUUUCGGAGCUCUUACGUAUGAAGGAGGGAACAACAACUCAUCUGCUGGAAUCGCACCGCCUCGCAUUACGGAAGAUUCCCUCAAAGCAGCCUUAAUUCACCAUGCUAUGUGCUUGCCGCGAGAUGCGGAAGACUUAAGUCGCCGUAUGUUGGCUUUUGCAAAAGAUCAAGUGGAAGGAGGACAAGGGAAAGCGUCGAAAAGAGACCUGCUGCACAAGAGCAUCAACAUCACAGGAACAGAGGAAGAGCUCCAGAACGAAAUCAACAAGGAGGCAUUUGCACAAUUACAUCGUGGAAAAUUUGACUUGUUGUAGCGGUUUCGUAAAGAUGAUGAACUACUCUUUUAAGAGCGUCUUGUUGUAAAAACGUCCUGUACAUCAAACACCUCGCUAGUAGUAUUCGAAGUCGUGCAGAAGUCCACCUUCUGGUGAGGGCCUUCUCCUUGCUGCUGCAUAAUCAAAUUCAUCAUAACCUCAACUACAUCAACCAUGUGGUCCGCCGCAACAUCCUCGUUGCUACCCACUGGUGUCGGAGCACUAGGACCUUCGCACGAUGUUUUUUCAAGCCGUGGGAAGAUCGCAAAAAUGUUGGCUCCUGCAGCCCAACGAGUGGGGAGAAUGUAUUUCUCGAAUCUUGGUCAGGGGAUAAGGAGUACUUCUUGGCGUACUAGCGCAUCGUCGUGUAGUAGAAUACCACUUUUUCAUGGAGAGAGCAGAAGUGCUACGACCCUUCUUGGUUCUCCUAGUACAACUAGUAUGCAGAGUCCCGCGGCCUUUGAUCAUGUGCGACUAGUACAACUAGGUCAGCAAAGCCGAUCCCUCCAACUGGGGUCCUCGUCAUCUUCAUCUAGCUCAUCUUUACGGAAUUCACUCGAAGUAGUCAACCAGCAGAACAAGCAGCGCUCUUCAGCUAUAGCAUCCUCGAUCUUUCGUGCUUUCUCCACGUGGCCAUUUCGGUCUAGUGUCGUGAAGAAGGGACCGGCGCAUACACAGCCGACGCCUGGCGCAUUACCUGGUAUAACGCCAAGGCAAGCAUUUGGGAAUGUAAUGCUGGUGCGGAAGAACGUAAAGAUUAAGUUAUGGAGGAUAUGUCCACGUCGUGGGUAUCGACACUAAAAAUAUUGCACAGGGAGGAUUGAACAGAAAAAUUUACGUUUAAAUAUACAACAGUUUUGACCCUAGUAGUAGUAGUGCCAGCCUUUCGCUAUCUGAAUAAUUACAAUUAGAAGAGGACCCUUCGCUAUCUGCUUUCAUUCCCAGAGGAACUGCUCAAACCAAAGACGUCAGAUUCGACCGAACUAGCGACAUCCGAGGGAGGUUCUAGUGAACUAGCGACAUCCGAAGGCACCUCCUCUGCAGUGACAAAGAAAGCAGGCGAAAGAAUUUUGCCUGUACCGCAUGCUGAGCCUUAUUCGCCGCCGGUGAGAUUCCGCUCGUACAACUCCGAACGAUACAACGUUUACAAAGGACGCGUUUUCUGUACUUUCCUUUUUCAUCUUUAUGUAGUCGUCUCUCUCAACCUUUGUGCUUAGCUUUCCCAGUUUUAGGUUUUUUUCGUAGAGCACUUGCUUCGUAAAUGAAAACUUCAAGAGCGGACAUUUUGGUCGCCUGGUGAAUUACAAUUUUUACUGCGGCAGCAGGUGACUUGUUCAUUCUGUACUCAGCAGCAACAACAUUUAAAAAUAGCCUAGGUUCGGAGCGCCAGCAAAUGAGAUCUUCAUGAAAUUAGUUUGCAGCUGCUUCUGCUCGCGAUCAUGUUUUUUCAGGAUCUUCGUCCUGGGAAUCAAGUAAAUGGUCUCACAAAUCAAUGUUUGGGAAGAUCAAGUAAAUUAUGAAUAGACGAAAUCUUGAACUACGAGGCAACAAAGAGCAAGGAUUUCACACUUACAAACAGCAUGGAUCUCCUUCUCCACUACAAGAACAGCUCCACGGGAUCCAUUCCCGUGUGUGUCCACGUUUUUUUUUACAUUUUAUUUCCACUAAACAACAGGGACGCGUGUUUGGGCGGUUUUUUUGAUUUCUCUUGGGACCUUUUGGCUUUGGUAUGCAAAGUGGAUUUUCGUUCAUACCGUCAAUAUGAGGGGCAACCCAGCCAGACUCGAGGACCCAAGUCUCAUUUGGGUCAUGCGCGUCUUAUUUGGGCCAGCAAGGAGCCGAUUUGCGAAAUAUUUUUAUGGACGAACAACUGCACAUGGAUUACAACUGUCAAAGUUCAAAAAGCAAUACUCAUCAAGCAGUAGUUUAGAAAGAAACGCAAAAUUUUGUUACUAAUGCUUCUUGAGCUUGAUCAUAUGACAUGACAAUUACACCGAGCCUCAUACUCUUUUCAACCUCUAAUCCCAAUCCGAGGUGCGGUUACCGCAUAGCUGGAGGGUCCCGCUUUAUUCCUUAUUCGCGCGCAUCUAUGACGUAAACUUAGACGAAUGCCGUUAUCCCUUAGACUCCUACGCCUGUUUUCAGGAGUUCUUCUCCCGCAGCCUAAACGAUGGUGUCUUCACGGUAGAUGAGCAUUGUCCUGUUGUGUCUCCAGUAGACGCUAGAUUAGUAGCAUGUGGCGAAAUUACGGAGACGCAAGCCAGGAUACCGCAAGUGAAGGGCGCUAAUUACGACAUAACGGCUUUUUUGGGAACGGAUCCAUAUAGGAAUAUCAUCGACCGAAGGAGGUUUGGGAAGCCGGGAGAACGUACUUUCUGUUCCUACAUUGUGAUUUGACUCGUAGAAGUUGUUUGUUAGGUCAUCUUGAGUCCUCUUCGCUCUUACUUUCCAGAACUCACCACCAGGAGACGUGACGGUGACCUCAUCUUCAUCUUUCCGAAACAACGUGGAAUAAUCUAACUACCAGCUGCACAAUUUUCACAACCUCAGGUUAUGGCGGCGUCCGAAUGCAUUCCUUAGGGGUGGAGGAGACGCGCGACAAAGUGGACGAAAUAAUCCUAGAAGCGGAGAGAAAGGAGGUCACCCAGCGAGUCAUUCGACAGCGGCCACCGCUCUACAAUUUUACCAAAGAAGACGUCGACGCUGGCCGAAUUGAGUUUCACAGCAAAGAACACGACACUUCCGAUGAAGAGUCUGCAGAGGAGAAGGAGGCGAAGAUCGCCAGGAUAGGCGUUCCCGGUUUGAUGUCUAGACAAGAGUUAGACCAAGGCGAUGGCGGGAGUAAAACGCAGUCAGCUAGUUUGGCUACCUUAGUCGCUGAAUCUAGUUUGCGAGGUACUGAACAUGAGGAUUCCGCAUUGAAGAAAAAACAACGGGAAGAUGCAAAGAAGAAGUCGUUUUUCAAUUCAGAAUUUCAUCAGAGGAUGGAGAAGCAAUUCGAGGAGGAACAAAUUAGACAGAAAGAAGAAGCAGAAGCACAAAGGAUAAUGGACGAAAAGCUAGCGCAGAUGAUGAACGAGGCGAAGAAAACCGAUGGCGUAAAACUAGUCUACUGUGUCCUGUACCUAGCACCUGGGGAUUACCAUAGAUUUCAUUCGCCAGUAGGGAACUUCCGAGUAGACGUUGGAAGGCAUUAUCCUGGAGAAUUCUUCCCCGUUAACCCCGCAUGGGCAGAUCGAGUUCCAGACCUGUUUACCUGCAAUGAAAGGGUAGUGCUGAGUGGAAGUUGGACUCCCAGCGGUGGUGGAAGUUGGAGGACUAGUGAAGACGUUGAUUCGAAUGCUUCUACAACGAGUACAACCUCCUCGGAACACAUUGAAGAUGCUUCAUCAGACGACAAGAGGAACAAGAUGAACCUAAGAAGUGCCUCUACUGCCCCAUCCAAUUCGAAUUCCACGAAGUCUUCUCCCGAACACUUAGCAAUGCACAUGACAGCAGUAGCCGCUUACAACGUUGGAGGUAUUUGGCUGGAUUUUGACAAUGCUCUGAGGACGAACAAUGAUCACCAUGCGCCUUUCGAACUAUCGAAUAUGGUUACGAGCAAAGAAUUUUCAUGCCGAUGGGGAGGUUGGAGCAAGUUCUUGAAGUUGGAUAAAGGCGACUUGGUUGGCGGUUUUAAGAUGGGGUCUACGAUUGUGCUUGUAUUCGAGUGUCCGGAGGAAUACGAGUGGAAAUGCAAGGAGGGUGAGAAGAUUAGGGUGGGACAGCCGUUGAUGGGGUACUAGAGAACAACAAGGCAUAAUCUUCAUAUUCUACUAUUUAUAGUACAUCAGAAGAAGAUAGCAGCUAUACUACUAGUACACGACCGCGAACAAUGGGUACUACUAGCACAUCAAUUGAUGGCGAGCAUUGUGUGGAUCAUGGCCAUUCGAUAUGGGGUAGGAUGGAGAGAGUCCUCUUCCACUACCCGCAUGUUUAUAUUCUUUAGUACAAACCCGUUAGAUUGUCGAACUUUUCUCCAGAUAUCAUAUCCUUCAAAAGAUUUUUUUCGAGAAGAAGAAUGUGGACCCCAUGUUUUGACUUCUUGUGAUGACGAUCCGAUCGAGCAAAGACUCAUAAUUUUUCCGACAAUAGUCGGUAGUACUCGAG